GGGUUUCUGGAAUGCGCGUUCUCGAACCCUCUGCGCAUGAACGUAUAUAAACCGCCACCGGCGCAACGAAACCUCAGUGACAGACAGUGAAGUGAGGAAAAUCUCGCAGCUUACCGGGACGAGCGAUUAUUCGCAUUCACUUUAACAAAAGCAUUCAAGAUGCCUGAAGCGCACGACCAACCAAUGGAGGAGGAGGCUGAGACCUUUGCCUUCCAGGCAGAGAUCGCCCAGCUGAUGUCUCUCAUCAUCAACACUUUUUACUCAAACAAAGAAAUCUUCCUCAGAGAGCUCAUCUCCAACUCAUCAGAUGCUUUGGACAAAAUCCGCUAUGAGAGUCUUACAGACCCAAGCAAGCUCGACUCAGGAAAAGACCUCAAAAUUGAAAUCAUUCCCAACAAACAAGACCGCACACUUACCAUUAUCGAUACUGGCAUCGGUAUGACCAAAGCUGACCUCAUCAAUAACCUGGGCACCAUUGCCAAAUCUGGCACAAAGGCUUUCAUGGAGGCCCUGCAGGCUGGGGCUGACAUCUCUAUGAUCGGUCAGUUUGGCGUGGGUUUCUAUUCUGCUUACCUGGUGGCCGAAAAAGUCACAGUUAUCACCAAACACAAUGAUGAUGAGCAGUACGCUUGGGAGUCAUCUGCAGGCGGUUCCUUCACGGUUAAAGUAGACACCUCUGAGCCAAUUGGUCGUGGGACAAGAGUGAUUCUUCAUUUGAAAGAGGAUCAGACAGAAUACAUUGAAGAGAGGCGAAUCAAGGAGAUUGUAAAGAAGCACUCGCAGUUUAUUGGUUAUCCCAUUACACUCUUUGUGGAGAAGGAGCGUGACAAGGAAAUAAGUGAUGAUGAGGCUGAAGAGGAGAAAGAAAAGGAAAAAGAGGGAGAGGAGGGAGAGAAAGACGAAGACAAGCCCGAAAUCGAGGAUGUGGGCUCGGACGACGAGGACCACGAUGACAAGAGCUCUGACAAGAAGAAGAAAAAGAAGAAGAUCAAGGAGAAGUACAUCGACCAGGAAGAGCUCAACAAGACCAAACCUCUGUGGACCCGCAACCCCGAUGACAUCACCAACGAGGAGUACGGCGAGUUCUACAAGAGCCUGACCAAUGACUGGGAAGAUCACCUGGCUGUCAAGCACUUUUCUGUAGAAGGUCAGCUGGAGUUUCGCGCUUUGCUGUUCGUUCCUCGCAGAGCUCCUUUCGAUCUCUUUGAAAACAAGAAAAAGAAGAAUAACAUCAAGCUGUAUGUUCGCAGAGUUUUUAUCAUGGACAACUGUGAUGAGCUCAUCCCCGAGUACCUCAACUUUAUUAAGGGAGUGGUGGACUCUGAAGAUCUUCCUCUGAACAUCUCCAGAGAGAUGCUUCAGCAGAGCAAGAUCCUGAAAGUGAUCCGCAAGAACCUGGUCAAGAAGUGUCUUGAGCUCUUCACCGAACUCGCUGAGGACAAAGACAACUACAAGAAAUACUACGAACAGUUCUCCAAGAACAUCAAGCUUGGGAUCCAUGAAGACUCUCAGAACAGGAAGAAAUUGUCUGAAUUGCUACGUUAUUACACAUCUGCUUCUGGAGACGAGAUGGUGUCCCUCAAGGAUUACUUAACCCGCAUGAAGGACACACAAAAGCACAUCUACUACAUCACAGGUGAGACCAAAGAUCAAGUGGCCAACUCUGCAUUUGUGGAGCGUCUGCGCAAAGCCGGUCUUGAGGUGAUCUAUAUGAUCGAGCCCAUUGAUGAGUACUGUGUGCAGCAGCUGAAAGAAUUCGAAGGCAAGAAUCUGGUGUCGGUGACCAAGGAGGGUCUGGAGCUGCCUGAGGAUGAGGAGGAAAAGAAGAAGCAGGAAGAGAAGAAAGCCCAGUUUGAAAACCUGUGCAAGAUCAUGAAGGACAUCUUGGAAAAGAAAGUUGAGAAGGUCACUGUUUCGAACCGUCUGGUGUCUUCACCCUGUUGCAUCGUCACGAGCACAUACGGCUGGACGGCCAACAUGGAGAGGAUCAUGAAGGCUCAAGCCCUGAGGGACAACUCCACCAUGGGUUACAUGGCUGCCAAGAAGCACCUUGAGAUUAAUCCAGAUCACCCCAUCAUCGAGACACUAAGACAAAAAGCCGAGGCAGACAAGAAUGACAAGUCUGUCAAAGAUUUAGUGAUCCUGCUGUUUGAGACUGCACUGCUUUCUUCUGGCUUCACGCUAGACGACCCACAGACGCACUCCAACCGAAUCUACAGGAUGAUCAAACUUGGUUUAGGCAUCGAUGAAGAUGACGUGACCACAGAAGAGCCCAGUUCAGCUCCAAUUGAAGACAUGCCACCAUUAGAAGGAGACGACGACACAUCUCGAAUGGAGGAGGUCGACUGAGAUGGCAACAUUAAUGCUUGCUAGUUCAUGUUUGUAGCUAUGUAAAAAGUAUAUGUUUAAAUUACAGAUUAUUCCUGAAUGUUCCUUAUGUUCUGAUUUUCAAAUGCAUUCCUUUUGUUGGUGAAGCUUUGAAGAGUACGCACCUCUGUUUUUGUAUUCAUUUUGAGUCGUUUUUGUAUUUAUGAACAUUCCAAUGUUUAGUGUUAAGGACUCAGUUUGUAAAGCAUGACACUGAUACUGUAUUAAUGACAUGGUGGGAUUCUGAUAUAAAUAAAACUCAGAAUAUCAUUUAA